UUGACCUCACAAUAAAUUCAUGAAUGUCAUAGUUUUCCACAAGCAAAAACGUCAAUUGUUAAACCAAAGUUUUUUGAUCUUUCUAAAAACCAUUCGUUUGGAAAUUGGAAUUUUCUUAGAUAAUAAUCACCAUAGACGAAUGUUAUAGGGAUUUAUUAGGGAUUAGGAUUCUAGUCUUGGUUGAAUGUAUUAGGGAUUUAGGGGUAAAUUCCACCAUUUUUACAUUAUAUUUUCCGUCAAUCCCCAUCCUUAAACCAGGAAACCAUGGAUGAUGAUUCGAGUCGUAAGAACGAAAACGGAGACCCAAUCGUCAACAAUUCACCAUUAAUCCGGGUUUACAAAAGAGGCAAGGUAGUCUACACUCAUCCUAUCCCACCAUCUCUGGAUCCCAAAACUGGGGUGAAAUCCAAAGACAUUACCAUCUCCUCUACAACAGGUGGCGUCUGUGUUAGGCUCUUUAAGCCGCCUACCAACUUAAAAAAUCUCAACUACCAGAAUAAAAUACCAGUUUUGUUAUACUUUCAUGGAGGUGGCUUUCACUUAGAAAGCACCUUUUCUGCUACGUAUCACAAUUACCUCAAUGCCCUCGCCUACGAAGCUCAAGUAAUGGUUGUCUCCGUUGAGUACAGGAAAGCCCCUGAACACCGUCUUCCUGCUGCGUAUCAUGAUUGCUGGAAUGCUCUCAUUUGGGUGGUCAGCAAUAAUAAUAACAAUAAUAAUAAUAAUAAUAAUAAUAAUAAUAAUAAUAGAGAACCAUGGCUUGAAGAAGAGCAUGUAGACUUGUCUAGAAUUUAUUUGAUGGGUGAUAGCGCAGGCGGUAACAUUGUUCAUUAUCUAGCAUUGCGAGUAGGGAUUGAAGAAAGUGAGUUCUGCAUUAGUGGUAUCAUUUUGGUGCACCCUUACUUUUGGGGAGAAAAGCGGAUUGGUGAUGAGGGUAGUAAACUAGAGUACCUGUCAAUUUCAGGUGUUGCAGAUAAAGUUUGGGAACUUGCUCGUCCGAGUAGUAGUUUUGGAGCUGAUCAUCCAUGGGUCAACCCUGGUAAUGACCCGCGGUUGUUGAGACUUGGAUGUAAGCGUGUACUGGUAUUUGUUGCACAGAAGGAUUUCUUUCGAGAUCGUGGUGUGUUCUACAAGGAGGCUUUGGAGAAAAGUGGGUGGCAGGGGAUAGUGGAGGUGGUAGAGUCUAAAGGGGAAGAUCAUGUCUUUCAUUUGCUUAAUCCUUACUCUGUUAACUCUGCUGAUAUUAUGAGAAAGAUUGUUGCUUUCCUCCACCCUGCACAUUGUAAACUCUGAAGUCUCAAUCUUGAGAAAAAUCUGUUGUUCAUUACUGAUACUGUAUUUUUGGUUACUAUGUUUUGUGUUUCGAUUCAAUUACUGAAUCUCAACUUUGUGUUUGUUAGUGGUAAUAGUAGUAGAUCGAUAUUCCUAACUGUAUGUUGAAUCUGCAUGUUGUACAUUUGACUAGUAGAAUCCUUUGUCACUACCAAUAGUUGUUCGAAUUUCGAAAGACCCCUUGAAAGUAUCUGUCAAUCUGAAGCCAGAAGUUUGCUGUUUGACACUUGUACCAGCUCUUAAGACUUGUAUAAGAUCUCAAUUCGCAUCAAAUUCAUCUUUGUCAGACAAUGAGCUCUAAUAUGAAAUCUGUUCAAAGUUAUCUGUGAAUCUAAAGCCUGAAGUUUGUUGUGUGACACCUCUAGCAUGUCUUAAGACUUGUUGUAAUUGGAUCUCAAAUCGCAUCAAAUUCAUCUGUAUGAGGCUAUCAGCUUUAAUAUGAAAUGCAAGUUUAUGUAAAUGAACUGCUCCUAUAGACUUUAGUGUUUAUGGAUAGAGAAUACAUUAUACUCCACUGUUUUUCAGAAACAGGCGACUGACUGUAAUCUGUAUUAGCACUCAGCAGAUUGAUUACAUAAUAUCGUAGUACGUACUACACUACUACUGG